CUGCACGUAGACUGCUAGCAGUGCGCAUACAACACACGUUACUAAUAGUCGGUGAUAUAAGCAGUUCCAUUUUAAAUAGACAUUCCAUUAUACAUGCGUAUAUGAAAAAAAAGUGCAAGCUUACAUUAGUUUUCAUUUUCCUUUCAAUUUACACAAUUCGUAAACAUGUCUUCGUUUAUCUUCUUACCUAAAUGCCAUUCAAACAGAACGGUUUGUAUUUCACACAGAGCGUCGACACCUGAUUACUAACAGCUGUUCGUGUAAAGUACAUAAAAUAUAAACAAAUUCUUCACAAUGGCAUUUUGUAUUGCUGUAAUUGGCAAAGACAAUGCUCCGCUGUACUUGGCCACAUCGGAUGUGGAGCGUGAGCUGGAUCUUCAAUAUCAUGUUCAUGCGGCACUCGACGUUGUAGAGGAGAAAUGUGUAAUUGGCAAAGGAGCUCCCGAGUCCAAGGAACUCUAUUUGGGUCAACUCUUUUCAACAGAGAACCAUAAGAUUUAUGGCUUUGUCACCAACUCCAAAAUCAAGUUUAUUGUCGUCAUUGACUCCAGCAACAUUGCACUGAGAGAGAACGAGGUGCGCGCGAUAUUUCGAAAUUUGCACAUGCUUUACACGGAUGCUGUGUGCAAUCCUUUUUACAUUCCGGGCGAGCAAUUGACUUUUAAAAAAUUUGACCGAGCAGUGCAGAAACUAAUGAGUGGCAAUGUAUAAUGCUGUAAAAGAAAAGAGGGUCGGAUAUGAGGAAAGCAAUGAAUAGGAUAAGAGAGAAGAGGGAAGGAAGUUUACUUCCGAGCACUGGUUAAGAGAAACGUUUCUUGGAGUAGAAAAAAAAGCGUGUCAGAGGAGAGGAGCUACUGCAAGGGACUGAUUAGCAGUGGAGUGAAGUCAGCAACACAAAAGAUGAUUGGAGAUCAGAGGAGAGGAAUUGAAUGUAAAUAAAUAAAUAAUAGGCGCCUGGAGGGGACAUUAUUAUGCUGUAUAUUAUAUAUAUUUAUUAUAAACAAUUCGUCUUAUAACUUCUACUAUUUUAUUCUAGUAAAACUGUCUAUAUCUAUCAAAAAUAUUAAAUAAAUAAUUUGACAACACAAA